AUGGCGGCGACGGGGGGCCCGCCCUAUGACGGGCCGUGGACUCGCCGAGCACAACAGGCAGACACUUGGCUAGCCAACCACAAAGUCGUGGUGUCGGCGACGACAGCGAGUCUCGUAUCCACGUUUGCAGGCUUCCCACUCGACUCGCUCAAGUCCCGUCUUCAGAGCUCGCGCGAAAACCUCACUAUCCCACGUCUCGCUGCCGAGGUCAUCAAGGAAGAAGGUGUGGGAGGCCUUUGGCGAGGAUUCCCACUCCCGCUCAUCACCAUUUCCAUUGUCCGCACCAUUAGCUUCACCAUCUAUACCUCCACCAAGCGCAUACUCAACUCGACAACAGACGAACCAUUAAAGCCCGGAGAGAAGCCACCUUGGAUCAACCUCCAUCUCGGUGUCUUCAACAAGGACACGGCAGGCAAUGUGGCCAUGACCAGUCUGCUUGCUGGUGCCGCCAGUGGCGCCGUUGUGUGCAUUGGCAGCGCACCAUUUGAGCUUGUCAAGGUCCGGCGGCAACUCGAGUACCAGAUCUACCGCGACUCGCACCCCGAGUUCUUUCGACACGCAGACGGCUCUGCUGCCGCCAUUGCCGCAGCGAAUGCAGCCGCCGAUGCAGCAGGCAAGCCCAAACCCGCCGCCUUUGCGCCUCCGACCACGCUGCAAGCAGUGCGCAUGAUCGUGUCCAAGAUGGGUCCUCUGGGCCUGUGGACUGGUUUCCGGCUGCACUUUGUUCGUGACACCAUGGGCACUGCGCUCUACUUUGCAGAGUACGACGUGAUGCGUUUCCUCCUUGGACGCAAGCGCGACGACAGCAUUGCGCCAGACGACAAGUAUGGCGCCAGCUCGGCACAGGGCGAGCUGCCAGACUGGGCCAGGGGAUGGCUCCCACCACAGCUGGUCCCCUUCCUGUGUGGUUCGCUCGCAGGCGUGACUUCUUGGGCCUUGAUUUAUCCCGUUGACGCAAUCAAGACCAAGGCGCAACAACGUUCCCUCGCCGGCCUCCCACCGCGCACGCCGUUGACCCAGUUCCUCCGUCUCGUCCGUGGAACAGACAAAGACCACCCCAAGCCUCUCCUGACGGGCAUUGCACGCCUGUACCGCGGUCUGGGAGUGAGCAUGAUCCGCAGCAUGCUCACACACGGUCUCCUCUGGACCCUUAUCGACUGGACGGGGUCGUAUAUCAAUACCAAGCCUUGUGAGCGGCUAGUCGAGCGGUUGGCGUAA